UCCUGUAUUUAUAGCUCCCUCUGGCAAGGGAAGACCUGUCUAAUUACUGAAGACAUAGUUAGGGGUAAUCCAAUAAAGCAGUAAAACCCUGCACUGGCUUCUGUCCGCUCGUUUCAGGCGAGGGAGCCCAAGGAGCCGCCACUGAGUCGAAGCUAAGAUGAGAAAAGAAAGGUCCAGGAAAUGAAGUGACUUGUCCAAAGUCACAGAGGUGGUAAGCACCAGAGACAAGAUCCUCUGUGGAACAUCUUUGGGACUUUGAGAGAUAAGGAUAAAUUUCAUGCAGGUUAUGAAGGUGAAGCUGGGUUGUGAUCUACAUUAAUUGAGAUAAAGAAAAUGGAGUCUCAGAGAUGUCAAAUAUUCGCCUAGGCUCACAAAGACACUGACAGAAUCAUCCGCGUGUGACCAGGUUCUGAUAACUCCUCGCCCAGCAGCAGCAGUAGCCCUGGUCUUGGCACUCUAGCCCAGGUGAAGAUCCCUGGAAUGCUGGUGUCAGCCUUGCUGUAAAACUCUCCUUCCUGUUGCUGGAAACCAAGGUGUCAAAAUGACUGAGCGUUUUGAUUGCCACAACUGCAAUGAAUCCCUCUUUGGAAAGAAAUACAUCCUGAGAGAAGAGAAUCCCUACUGUGUGAAGUGCUUCGAGAGCCUGUACUCUAACAUAUGUGAGGAGUGCAAGAAACCCAUUGGCUGUGACUGCAAGGAUCUGUCUUACAAGGACCGGCACUGGCACGAGAGCUGUUUCCACUGCUUCCAAUGCAAGAACUCCCUGGUGGACAAGCCUUUUGCUGCCAAAGAUGAGCAUCUCCUUUGUACUGAAUGUUACUCCAAUGAGUACUCUUCGAAAUGCUCAGAGUGCAAGAAGACAAUCAUGCCAGGUACCCGAAAGAUGGAAUACAGGGGCAAUAGCUGGCAUGAGACCUGCUUCAUCUGCCAUCGCUGCCAGCAACCAAUUGGAACUAAGAGCUUCAUUCCUAAGGAUGAUCAGAACUUCUGCGUGCCCUGCUAUGAGAAGCAAUUUGCCAUGCAGUGUGUUCAGUGCAAGAAGGCCAUCACUACUGGGGGAGUCACUUACAGGGAACAGCCUUGGCAUAAGGAGUGCUUUGUUUGCACGGAGUGCAAGAAGCAGCUGUCGGGACAGCGGUUCACUUCUCGGGAUGAGGAUGCCUACUGCCUCAACUGCUUCUGUAAUUUAUAUGCCAAGAAGUGUGCCGGCUGCACCAACCCCAUUAGCGGUCUUGGAGGAACAAAGUAUAUCUCUUUUGAAGAACGCCAGUGGCACAACGAUUGCUUCAACUGCAAGAAGUGUUCCCUGUCCUUAGUCGGACGUGGCUUCCUCACUGAGCGGGAUGAUAUCCUUUGCCCAGAGUGUGGAAAAGAUAUCUGAAGGUCAAAAACAGGGGGAAAGCUGUGCUUGCCAAAUAUGUGCAUACAUAUAUAUAUUUUUCUGAAAUAUGCCUAUGUUGUGUACUAGCUUUAAUCAGCCACAUGCAGACUUUCUUCAUGGAUUUUGUAGUGGGCUUCACAUCUAUAAAACUUUUCCUCCCUGGAUUGGACAAGUCCAGAGGAAGCAGCUAAUACUUUUUGUUCUAGCGGUAGCCGGGGGAGUGGUUCUGAAUUUCUGUAUCUGAGGCAGAUCCAAGGGUGGAUAGGUAACUGAUCAAUAUGAGCUAAUUUUCUUUCUUUGACUGAAUGAUUGAUGCGAAGAGAUGGUGUAGUCAACAUAAGACUUUAAAUCUUUCCAAGGGAAUAUCCUAGCUGAGAAUGAUGUUCAUGGACUGUGUAACCACAUGUGAUACAAGGUGUAGAGUAAGUGUGGUUUAGAAUGUGUAUGUAUCAGAACAAAAACUUUGUGCCACACAGUGCAAAACGAUUAAUCAUUGAAGGCAGGAGUAUUGUAUAAUAAGCACCUACUGUGUUGCAUGAUCAGAUGAUCAUUUAUGCCCGUGAUAACUGAAAUUGCAUCAUGCCUUAUAUUUUCAAAAUAAUAAAAAUUAUGUCAGCCACCAA